AUGCAACUCGUAACGGAUAAAUUGCAAAAAAGUGAGCUCAAGUAUGAUCUUUUGGAUGAGGAAAAACGUGAUUUAUCCAAAGAUGAAAGACUCGAAUUUGUACCCGCUCAACACCACGCCAGUCGUUUGAUUUACAUUCUUUUGGUCGGAUUAGCCUUGACUGCUGCAGCAUGGCUCAUGUUCGCCACAACCAGCACCACGUUCAGCGCCUACGAACUGGACACCAAGCUGAUGGCCAGCACGUACAAAGCCUUGAACGAGACCGAGGUAGUCCUAAGCAAAGUGCAAGAUUCGGUGAAGCUGAUUCGCGACGAUAACACGCAGCUAGCUGUGACAUACGUCGAAGCGAUCAAAGAGAUGCUGCAAGAACGCACCAGAUACGCGGUUAAUCAGAUCAAUCGCAUAGUCAACGAUAAAAUUCGCGAGAUUGAAAACGAGUUGACAUCUUUCGAUUACGUAAUCACAGAAGCCAGCGCCGGUAUCGUCGACUACACUUUACAAGACAUGAAAAAUCUACGCGAUUCUAUCCCGUCCAUCACCAACGAAACGUACCGAGCUGAUCUCGAGAACGUUUUCGAAAAAGUCGACAAACAAAUAGCCAGCGCUUUUUCAGAUCUAGACGAAAUGUACACGUUUUAUGGAAGUUACAUGGGCGACAUUAUCGACCACAAGGUGCAAAACGCCACCGAUCGAAUUAGCCUGAUCGUGAACUCGAAUCGACGACAAUGCGAAUGCACCAUCAAAGAGAAGAUCAACUUUUGCUACACGAUUAGCUCGCAGAAUGUGAAAAUAUCUCAGCAAUUGGAAUCGCUCGUCAAGGUAUUCGGAAUAGUUAACAACACAACCGAUAUACUGGAUACGCUGGAACCAGUCAUGUUGAAAAAUACCGAUCAACAUACUUGUAAUCUGAUUUCAGAAGCUAGAUUGACCUUGAAUAAAGCGUUGGAGAAAGGCGAAGCUUUACUCGAAUCGAUCCUCAAAGACGACAAUUGCUAUCUCGGCUCGGCGGUACGAAAAACAGCCUAUCAAAAUCACGGCGCCGUCAAAGAAUACGUCAAGAAUAACUUCGAAGUAGCCAUUCGUAGUCUGUCGACUGAUUUGAACCGUACAACAGCUGAUUUCCAGGUGGUCAAAGAAAGCCAUCGUAAACAAGUCGAGGAAGAUUUGGCCAAAGGUCUCGAAGCCUUGACUCACGAAAUCCUCAUGAAAACCAAACGUUUGGGAAAAGAGCCCUACGAGGAAUACCUGACCAAAGCUUCGUUCCCCGAUACUAAAUCUUGGAUGGAUAUGAAAUUCCAAAACGUCACCCAAGUUAUCAACCCAAUGUUCGCCAAGAAACAAGCAGAUAUCGCCGAAGCUCUGAAAUACAACUUGCAAUACGUCGUUUUCCAACAGGUGCCUUUUAUUUCGAGCCUCUCGAUACAGAAUUACAUGCCAACCGAUGUCUGCCCACUUUCGACAGAUUAUCAGAAAUUUGUAUCUGUUACUUUGGACGGUUACCUCGAUCCGACCGAUAAUAAAACUCAAAAAGAGCUCGCCAUGUCGGCAGAUUUUGCCAAAGAGAGCGAAACCACUCAGUUAAUCGAGGAUGAGGAGAACGACGCUGCUACCGAUAGUAAUCAGACCAAUGUGGGUACUCAGACUGACUCCAGGAUCAUGGUCAAUGAUCAGAGUAGCCCAAUGGCCACUCAGACUGACUCCAGGAUCAUGGUAGGUGAUCAGAAUAACCCAGAUGAUGAUGCCAUAGUCGCAGAAGUUAAAAAGAUCAUACAAAAGUAUGCUGGAGAUAAUGGAAUGAGUAUCGAGCCUUCGGAGAUUCAAGUCAUGGUUAUCCCAGUUUCUGAUGAUGGAGAUCAAGUUGAAGGUGAUACCCAAAUCCAGCCUGAUCAGAUUCCCGAGAGGAAAUAAACCAAUGUGUCCGAUACGACGUAUCCUUUUUUUUCCUGUUUUAUAUAUUCCUUUUAUCGUAUUAUUUUUGUUUGAUUUUACUUUUUUUUUUCGUCGUUUUCUUUUAAUUUAUAAGUGUUUUGAAUCGUUUUUUUCCUUUUUAAUUUGAUUUUUCUUUCAUUUCGAUUUUAUUUGUAUUUUUACAUUUAUUUUAUAAUCGUUUCGUUCGAUUCGCUUUACUUUUUCUUUUGACAUUUUUAUUCAUUUUUAAUUUUUUAAUUUUUAUUUUAUCACAGACAAGUUUAUACUAAUUACGAAGUGAAUAGACAGGAGUACUCAAAAUAGGCAGGUGAUUUGGGGUAAGUUGGUAAGUAGAUAUAGAUAGAUACCUAGCUACCGAUUAAAAUACGUAUUCGAACGGGUUGGUAAUACUGUUACCAUAUCUCAAAAGAAUUAAUUUUGGGAAAAAAUUGUCAAAUUUCAAUUGAGAAUUUUCAUGAACGAUUCCACUCACUUCGCCAAGAAUGAGGAAUCACUGAGAACAAUAUUCAAGUGAAUCGUACACGAACGAUUCUCGUUCAUUUACAUGAUUCAUUCGCCAACGAGGCAACGAUUCAUCCAAAUUGAUUUUUUUUUCAAAAAUUUUGGUUCAAAUGAGUCGAAAAAAGGUCUUGUUUCUCGAAACGUUUGCGAACGAUUCAUUAUCCAACAUUCCAUUUACGUUCAUUUUGGAGAUUCGUUCGCGAACGAUUCGAUCGGAUCAAUUUUUCAAGAAUUUUGAUUCCAAAUGACUUGAAAAAGAGGGCAGAAUCGGAGAUUGUCUAAAGUCUGAACGUUCGCGAACGAUUCAUUAUCCAACCAUUCCAUUCACGUUCAGUUUGAAGAUUCAUUCGCGAACGACUCAACCAAAUCAAUUUUUUUCAAAGAAUUUUGGUUUCAAAAUGAAACUGACUCGAAAAAAAUGUGGUUCCUAAACGUUCGCGAACGAUUCAUUAUCCAACAUUCCAUUCACGUUCAUUUUGGAGAUUCGUUCACGAACGACUCAACCAAAUCAAUUUUUUCAAGAAUUUUGGUUUCAAAUCACUCAAAAAAAGGUCCUGUUUCUCGAAACGUUCACGAACGAUUCAUUAUCCAACAUUCCAUUCUGGCAUUCUCGUUCAUUUUGGAGAUUCAUUCGCGAACGACUCAAUCGGAUCAAUUUUUUUUUAAGAAUUUUGAUUCCAAAUGACUUGAAAAAGAAGACUGAUUGUCUAAAGUCUGAACGUUCGCGAACGAUUCAUUAUCCAACCAUUCCAUUCACGUUCAUUUUGGAGAUUCGUUCGCGAACGACUGAACAAAAUCAAUUUUUUAAAACGAAUUUUGGUUUCAAAAUGAAACUGACUUGAAAAAAAUAUGGUUCCUAAACGUUCGCGAACGAUUCAUUAUCCCAUAUUCCAUUUACGUUCAUUUUGGAGAUUCAUUCGUGAACGGCUCAACCAAAUAAAUUUUUAAACGAAUUUUCAAACAAAAGGUGGUUUUCUGAACGUUUGUGAACGAUUCAUUACCAAAUAUCAAACAUUCCAUUCACGUUCAUUUUGGAGAUUCGUUCGCAGACGACUCUUCCAGAUCAAUUUUUUCAAGAAUUUUGGUUUCAAAUGACUCGGAAAAAAAGGUGGUUCUCUGAACGUUCGCGAACGAUUCAUUAUGUAGGUAAUGUUCGAUUCACGUUCAUUUUGGAGAUUCUUUCAAAAACGAUUCAAGCAGAUUAUUUUUUUUCAGCAAAAAAAAUUUUGAAUCCAAAUAACUAAAAAACAAAUCUGGUGCUCGAAACGUUUAGUCGUUCACGAAUGAUUCAUUAUCCAAUAUUCUAUUCACGUUCAAUCUAAAGAUUCAUUCGCGAACGAUUCAACUAAAUCAAUUUUUUUUCAAGAAGUUUGUUUCAAAAUGACUCGAAAAAAAGUGUAGUUCUCUAAACGUUCGCGAACGAUUCAUUAUUAUUACUCGACGUUCGAUACACGUUCAUUAAGGAGAUUCAUUCGCAAACGAUUCAACCGAAUCAAUUUUUUUCGAGAAUUUUAGUUUAAAAUUACUCAAAAAAAGUGUGGUUCUCUGAACGUUCGCGAACGAUUCUUUUUGAUUUACGUUUAUUAUGGCGAUUCAUUCGCAAAAGAUUCAAGUGGAUCAUCUUUUUCGGAAAAUUUGAAUACAAAUGACUGAAAAAGAAAUCUGGUUCUCCAAACGUUCACGAAUGAUUCACUAUCAAAUAUUCCAUUCACGUUCAUUUUGCAGAUUCAUUCGCGAACGAAUCAAUCAAAUCAAUUUUUUUCAAGAAGUUUGAAUCAAACUAACUAGAAAAAAAGAAUGGUUUCCUCAACGUUCGCGAACGAUUCAUUAUUAAACAUUCCAUUCAGGUUCAUUCUGAAAAGUCGUUCGUGAACGACUGAAUCGAAUCGAUAAUUUUUCAAGAAUUUCGGUUUCAAAUCAUCAAAUAAAUUGAAAAAUAAGAUUGGUUUGAUACUCAGAACGUCCACGAACGAACGAUUCAUUAUCCAACAUUGCAUUUUCGUUCAUUCUGGGAAUUCAUUCGCAAACGAUUCAACCGAAUCAAUUUUCCCAAAAAUUUUGGUUCCAAAAUUAAUGAGUCGAAGCAGAAGUCUGAUUUCCUCAAUGUUCGCGAACGAUUCAUUAUUAAAUAUUUCGUUCACGUUCAUUCUGAUGAUUCGUUCGUGAACGACUGAAUCGAAUCAAUGAUUUUUCAAGAAUUUCGGUUUCAAAUGAAUUGAAAAAGUAGAUUGGUUUCAAUUCUGAACAUUCGCGAACGAUUCAUUAACCAACAUAGCAUUCUCGUUCAUCCUGAGGAUUCGUUCGCGAACGUUUAAAAAAACUGAAUCAAUUUUUCAAGGGAUUUUGAUUCGAAAUGACUUGAAAAUGAAAACUAGUUCUCGUUCUCGAACGAUUCAUUAUCCAACAUUCCAUUCCACGUUCAUUCGCAAACGAGAAACGAUUCAACUGAUUAAUUUUCGGUUUCCGAAUAAAUCGUUCAUUUCGUUCGCGAAUAAAACCAUUCUCAAAAUAUUUUCGAAGUCGUUCGAGACCGAUUCAGUUCAUCAACAUUGAACUAUUCGGGUAUAAUAAAAUUAUUUUAUAUCGUUCGAUUUAGUUCAAUAAUUCACGUUUGAUGUAAAACCAUUCGCCAACGAUUCAUUUCAACUGGAAUCGAUUCAAAAUGACUCAUCAUUCCUUCCUUUUUCAAAAAAAAAAAAAGUGAAAAUGCUUUUACUAUAACGGUAAAAAAAUCGUGACUCAAAAACUUUUCAUUUUUUAUUGACCAGUCCCGAGUCCAGUUCAAUGUCCAUUUCCAGUCCACAGUGUUACCAAUCCAUAUAGGCUAUGCAUAAAAGUGAACGUUACAACUCGCAAUUCUCACGAUAAUCAGCAUAAAUAAAAAAAUCGUCUACACAGAUAAUUAUCGUAUCUACAUUUUAGAACGUCGAUGGUAAUAAAAAAUUCGUAAAUAAAUUACGAAAUCCUCAUGUAGGUAUAUGUAGGCCUAAUAUAGGAAAAAAAAUUGGAAGGUAUUAUGACGGUUGCAAUGUGGGUACUACAAGAGUGUUGAGUUCAUUACAGCCAUACAUGAGAGUAUUGAGUAUACUAGGUGCUAGGUGCAGGUUAGGUAGUAAACCAGUGAAGUACGGAAGAAGACACGCAGCAUCCAUUAAGGCCAUUCCAUUACAUGUUCAUUGCUGAAUGAGCGAUAAGGUUAACGCAGAAUGGCCACAGGGCGAAAGGUGUCGGACGUCGGAGUUGAUUUUUUUAGGCAAAUUAAGUCGUAAUCGUAAAAUGAAAAUCGUUGAAGACGAAUUUAGAAUUUAGAUUCUUUUUGCGAUACCUCUAUAACUGUUUCGAUGUUGUUACCUUAUUUUAUAGUAAAUAUAUAUAAUUUAUAAUUAUCGAAAGUUGUGUAUAUUAUAUUCGAGUUACGUGUUUGAUUACAUUUUGUGAAGCAUCCCAA